AUCUUUAUAUAAACUUCAGCAUUUCAUUACUAAUUGGUGCAGCACAUAAGUAUUGGCUCAAACUUUGCUGGUAUCAAUCCAAAAAACAAAAACACACACACACACACACACAGAUUUUCGUUCAAGUAAUCCAGGAGAUGUCAUCUUCAACUGAAGUGGAGCAAAAAGAUGAUCGCUUUGAAGAGCUCUUCCAGAGGUUGCAACCAAAGAAGCCUGUAGCAGGGAGCCUGCUGGCUAAUUACCAAGGCGUUUGGUUUGGUGCAGAUUUACUUCAAGCUACAUUAACCUUUCAAAAGCACUUCAAAGCCAUUGACUCUGACAUUAUGUUGGCCACCAUGCCGAAAUCAGGAACCACAUGGCUUAAAGCCCUCACCUUCAGUAUUGUUAACCGCAACAAUCAUUCAGUCGAUGAGAGCCCUUUGCUCUUCUCCAACCCUCAUUAUCUCGUCCCUUUUCUCGAGAUAUAUCUGUACAAGGAUGGUAAUAUUCCCGAUAUAGACUCUAUGCCUUGCCCACGAAUCCUCGCUACUCACCUCCCUUAUCAAUUCCUUCCUAGCAGCAUCUUGGAUUGCUCCAAUUGUCGAAUCAUCUACCUGUGCCGAAACCCUUUGGAUGUGUUCACUUCAGUGUUGCAAUUCUUACUGCAAAAUGGUCGUAUUUCAAGCCCAUCGAUGUCUAUUGAUGUACCUUUUGAAGAGUUUUGUCAGGGCAUACACCCGUAUGGUCCAUUCUGGGACCAUUGUUUAGGAUAUUGGGAUGCAAGCUUGAAAAACCCUCAAAAAGUGCUGUUUUUGAAGUAUGAGGAUCUAAAAAAGGAUAUCAAUAGCUCCGUGAAGAAGAUAGCUGACUUUUUAGGAUAUCCAUUUUCAGCUGAGGAAGAGGAAGCCGGUUUGGUUGAAGAGAUAGCAAUGCUCUGCAGCUUCGAAAAUCUUAAGAAUUUGGACUGUAACAAGGAGGGGGAGAUAAAAGCCGCUUUUAGAGCCAAGCAUAGUUCCUUUUUCAGGAAGGCAGAAGUUGGUGACUGGGUAAAUGUACUAACUCCUUCCAUGGCCAACCGACUUGAAAAAUUGUUUCAAGAAAAGCUUGGGAAUCCGGGUUGACGCUGGAAAUCAACAGCAAAUAGAUCAUUAUGCGUGUUUCAUGUGAGAUUUCUCAUUAGAUUGUCAUGCAUGUUUCAUGUGGAUAUCUCUCUCCCCUCCUGGACUAGUUCAGCAAAUCUGAUCAACGGUUCAGCUCCAAAAACAAGAAAACAAAAGAGAAGACCUAAUACGUUUAUCUUCAACUAUUUGUUGCAUAUUGCUAUGUAAUGGUUGUAUCGGUUACUUUUCAUUCUGUUGUUGUAUGACCAAAAUAUCAUAUAUGCGUGCACCAAAAUAUCUUUAUCAUUUUGACUGGGUUCAUUCCCUUCCUUGCUUUUUUCAAGCCGAAAUGAUAAAUAUGCGCAUAGAAUCGUGCUCAAAAUGUUUUCCUGAUAGUAGGACUAUUCUCAUUU